AUGCCAAAUAGAUUCGUUUUGAAGGUGCCACAAAUUGUGAAGCAUUCAGAGGUGCAGCGCUUCUAUCAAGAUGAAGUCAUCUUUAUCACAGGUGCGACUGGUUUCCUUGGAAAGGUUCUUGUUGAAAAACUGCUGCGUUCAUGCCCAGGAAUCGAGCGGAUUUACCUGUUGAUCCGCCCAAAAAGGGAUUUGAGUCCACGAAGAAGGUUCGAACUUUUCUUAAGACCAGCGUGCUUCCAGCGGUUGCGCCAAGAAUGCCCAUCUAGCUUAAACAAGCUAGUGGUCGUCGAUGGCGACAUCAGAGAAGAGAAACUGGGCUUGAAAUCCGGUGACUACGAGCGCUUGGCUUCAGACGUGUCCAUGGUAUUUCACUCUGCGGCAACUGUCCGGUUCAACGAACCCUUAAGAAACGCUGUGAAAAUUAACAUGGAAGGCACCAAAAAUGUGCUGGAUCUUUGCCAUAAUAUCAAGAAGAUUAAGGCUGUUGUGCAUGUUUCGACAGCAUCCGUCCACUGCGAUCUGGACGCACUGGAGGAGCGAGUUUACCCAUCCACGGUAAAGCCGGAUGACAUCAUUUCGCUCACAAAAACACUGAGCGAGGUGGAUCUCGUUAAAGCGACACCAGAGCUGCUCGGAGCCAAACCCAACACCUACACCUUUACCAAGACUCUGGCUGAGUCUAUCGUUGCAGAACAAGGACGGGGCCUUCCACUGGUCAUCGUCCGGCCUUCGGGUGUGUCCGCGUCCUGGAAAGAGCCAUUUCCGUACAUCGUGAUCGACACCCAGCUGAUCGUGGGCGGGGACAAGCGUGCCUUCGCCCUCUCCCCCGAGGACUACAUCGCCGGAGCGCUCACGCUGUACCUGUACGUCAUCAACGUGUUUCUCUUCAUACCCCAAUUCCUGUCCGUGUUGAGGGAAGAAUGA